AUGAUUUUCGCUCUCGUGUCUGCCACUUCAGGCUCUUUCUCUGUCUUUCUCGCUUGCGUUGCCCUCAACACAUCCCAGUCGAGGCGAUGGUUUUUCUGCUUGCCGAUUGUUCUCUGUGGAGCUAUCGGGUUCCUCGCCAGUAAGGAGCUUGACGAAAUGCUACCGGGACUUGGCCAACUCUGGGGCCAUGCCCUUGUGUCACAUGUCAUCCAUAACACAGCCGUGCUGUACAUCGACAAGUGGACUCUGCAACCCAGUCACGAAAGCCAAGGCUGGGAUAUUCGCGCCGCUUACAAGAUCUGCGUCAAUCCACAGCUUCUUGGCACCCACCGCGAAGUCCCUCACGCCCGCCCCGUGAGCACAAGCCCGUCACGUUUCGCAUUCCUUCGAAGACGGCUCGGCCAAUUACUUCUCCUUCAGCUAAUCAACGAGUUCGUCGUUACUCCUGCCUACAUACUGAGCUUUGCGCCGAUCUCAGCGGAUGACUUUUCACCGAUAAAGACGGUCUACUUGCGCCGGCUCUUUGUCGGACCCCAAGUGACAAAGUUUGAAACCAUGCUGAGGGCCGCAUUUGCCGUUCGCUGGAUCUGGGAUAACUACGUUGGACUAUGCUACGCCCAAACGGCGCUCGCUAUCUUGUUCUCGGUCAUCCUCCGCUGGGAUGAACCGUGGGAGUGGCGACCCUUCUUUGGCAGCCCACUUGAGGCGUGGAGCAUGCGCCGUUUCUGGGGGCGAUUCUGGCAUCGCCUUGUUUACCGACCAUAUACUACGUGGGGGCUAUGGUUUUCUCGUGAAGUGGUUCGGAUUUCACCUGGAUCCCUUGGCGAAAGUGCGUCAGUGGUAAUGCUUGUGUUCCUACUGUCAGGCGCCAUACAUGCACUAGUGACUUGGCACGCAACUGGCUGCGGGUACUGGGGCGAUAUCCAGUGGUUCUUACUCAAUGGUGUUGUAGUCGCAGGCGAAACCAUGAUCGCCAAGCCGUUAUUGCGGUGUUUGAGCACAGAAGAAAAUAAGGCAAGUCGGGGUCUGUGGUUUCAACUUGCGGGCUAUGUGUGGGUCUUUGCUUUUCUAUUUUGGAGCGUUCCUAAGUGGGAGUACGGUAAAAUUUACUGUGGCCUUUCUAGGGCGGUUUAG